UUUAUUUUAAUCCAUGCCUAACGAGGGACGUGAAACUGCAUUUUCGAUGCUCAGGCUAUUAGCCUACAAGUAAAAUGAUAAAAAUGAACAGAUGGCCUUAAGGGCACCUCGGAUGAUACUUUUGAAGACGAGUCAUAUUCACCAUCUUCGUCUUUGUCGUCAUCUUCGACACUGCAGACUAUGGCAUCAGCCACGCUGGGGAGAAGCCUUUGUACUAAGUGUGGCUUGGAGAUUGUUGACAAAUACCUACUGAAGGUGAACAACUUGUGCUGGCACGUGAGGUGUCUCUCCUGCAGCGUGUGCCAAACUCCUCUGGGAAGACAUGUCAGUUGCUACAUCAAAGAGAGAGAGGUUUUCUGCAAACUCGACUACUUCAGGAAGUAUGGAACCCGCUGUUCCCGCUGUGGCAGGAACAUCCAAUCAAAUGAUUGGGUGAGAAGGGCAAAGGGAAACACUUACCACCUGGCCUGCUUUGCCUGCUUCUCCUGCAAGCGUCAGCUCUCCACAGGGGAGGAAUUUGCCCUGGUUGAGGAGAGGGUGCUGUGUCGCGUCCACUAUGACUGCAUGGUGGACAACCUGAAACGGGCAGUGGAAAGUGGGAAAGGCAUGAAUGUAGAGGGAGCCCUGCCGUCUGAGCAGGAAGGAUCCCUGCCUAAACCAGCUAAGAGGGCUCGCACUAGUUUCACUGCAGACCAGCUGCAGGUUAUGCAGGCACAGUUUGCUCAGGAUAACAACCCAGAUGCGCAGACCCUCCAGAAGCUGUCAGAGAGGACUGGCCUCAGUCGCAGGGUCAUUCAAGUUUGGUUCCAGAACUGCAGAGCCCGUCAUAAGAAGCAUGUGAGCCCCAACCAUCACAUGUCAUCCACAGCCAUGUCUUCACUACAACAGUCUGGGUUGUCUCCACCUCUCAUGGAUGAUCUACAAUACACAUCCUACAUACCAACGGAGACACCCAUGCUUACCACACUCCACACAUAUAUGGAUGUGCAUCCUCCAUCCUCACUGGUGUUCCAGCCUCUUCUACCCCAUUCCAUGACACAGCUGCCAAUAAGCCACGCCUGAUCAUUAAAGGUUGCCCCCCUUUGCAGAACCUGGACUUAGAAGCCUGAGGAGCUUGUUUGCCACCUACAAUAAUUAUUUAAGGUAGUUUGAUGAAGGUUCAGAAUAUUCAUUGUUAAAUGUAUAGUGUGUUAAUAUAUAGUAUCUAUAUUGGUUUUGACAUUUCAUAUUUAAUUUAUUUGUAUGUGACUGGGCACUUUGUUUAAAAAUGAAAGGAUGAAUUUCUUAGUUUGUUUUGUCUGUGUAAACAGUGGCUACAUAUAGCUGUUCUAUGUUUUUCCAUGGCUGUGAAGAAAUCUGAAUAAAAGCCAUAAGAUCA